AUGGCUCGAACAACAAGGGCCGCCGCUGCAAAGGCCAACGAGAACCUCAAGUCCAAGUCCUCGCAUCUCUCUAGCCCGCCUGCUACCCCAGUUGUGAAGGGCAAGAAGAGCGCCAAAGCGACCCCUGCAAUUAAGAAAGAAACCCCAGCUACCCCUACACAGCUGAGCACUCCUGCCAGCAAUCGCAAGCGCACCAGGAAGACCAUCAAGCAAGAGGAUCAAGGCGACGUGAAUGAGCUCCCGCACAAUCUCGCUGUGCUGCCAACGCCGGAGUCGGAUGAGGUCGAUGAGGCGCCAGCAAAGAAGCGUGCAAAGCGCUCAGCCGAAGCCGAUGACGAUUCCGAGAUUGCUGCGAAGAUCGAGGAUGUCGCUGAAUCGCCGGAGAAGAAGCAGACCCCGAAGAAGAAGACUACCAAGUACAAGCUCAACCCUGGCAUUUCUCCGUACCCGAACUACCCACGACCGACUCCCGAGGAAUGUCAUGAGGUUGUUCGGAUUCUCGAAAAGCUUCAUGGCAAAGUGAACGUGCCGAAGGUGGUGCCACCUCCAUCACUGGAAGUGGCUGGCUGCGGAGAAGUGCCCUCUGUCCUCGAUGCUCUUAUUCGCACCCGGCUCAGCGCAAAUACCACGAACAAGAACUCGUCGACAGCAUUUCAAGGAUUGGUCAAGCGGUUUGGUACUCUCAAAGAAGGCGUUGGCAAAGGCAGCGUCGAUUGGGAUGCUGUGCGUACUGCAUCGAACCACGACGUGUUCAAGGCGAUCGAACGGGGUGGUCUGGCAAAGAUCAAGUCCAAGGACAUUCAGUCUAUACUUCAGAUUGCGUAUGAGGAGAACCAAGAGCGGAAGGCUGCUCUCACCGGCUCGGCUGAGGAUCCUGCUGGGGCCGAACACGCGCAAGAAAGCGAGAAACAAGAUGAGAUCGAAAAGGCCGAGCAGAAUGUCAUCUCCUUGGAUCAUCUGCAUCUGCUCAGCCGAGACGAUGCCAUCCGCAAGAUGGUCGAGUUUCCGGGUAUCGGUCUGAAGACAGCAUCGUGUGUGGCGUUGUUCUGCAUGGGCCACGCCUCCUUCGCAGUCGAUACUCACGUGUUCCGUCUUUGCCAGUACCUUGGCUGGGUACCAAAGUCCACCAAGAAGGGCGAACCAAAAGUGGAUCGCGACACAACUUUCUCGCACUGCGACGUUCGCAUCCCAGAUGAGCUGAAGUACGCCCUCCACCAGCUGCUGAUCAAGCAUGGCAAGACAUGUCCACGCUGCAGAGCUGCCACUGGUCAAUCGAGCGCGAACUGGGAGGAAGGCUGCCCGAUCGAACACCUGGUUAAGCGCCACGGAGCGAAGAAGGGUGGUGUCUCAGUAAAAGAUCGCAAGAAGGCUGAAGUUGCUGCUACUGGCGAGGAGGAAGUUGCGAAGGAUGAGAGCGAGCUCAGCGAUGUUGCAUCGGAGUUUGCGGACGAGUGA